AUGAGUGCUAUUUUGAACUCUCUCAGGAACUUGGCAAGUUCUGCAAGGACUGCCUCAGCUGGAGAUACAAGUGCUCGUUUCGGAGUUACUCCUGGUAACGAGGGCCCCGGCGAGGGCGGUUUCGCGGAGUGGCUGCACGCCAUGCGCCUCGUCGCGCGCCUUCCCGCCGGGGUACCGCAACAUUUUCGUAGAAAGCUAUGGCUGACACUAGCAGAUCGGCACUUGACCGCACGGGGCAUCGACUGGCCGGUCGCCGAACGUGCCUGCUUCCGAGGGACAGCGCAGCCCGAUGAUACUGAACUUAGCGCUCAGAUCCUCAAGGAUCUACAUCGCACGGGAUGUUCUCUUUUUUGUGGAGCAGAAGGCCGCGAAAAUCAAGCGAUGCUACGAAGAGUAUUAUUAGCUUACGCCAGAUGGAAUAAGGACGUUGGCUAUUGUCAAGGUUUCAAUAUGUUAGCUGCUAUCAUAUUAGAAGUAAUGGAGAAAUCUGAAUCGGAUUCACUAAAAGUAAUGAUAUAUCUAGUGGAAGCUGUAUUACCUGAAGGUUAUUUCGCUGACGAUCUCAGAGGAUUAUCAGCGGACAUGGCCGCCUUUAGAGACUUAUUACGAUUAAGGCUUCCUCGACUAGCUCAACAUAUGGAUAAUUUACAAAGAAUAUCUGAUGGAGGCGGCGUUGAACCACCUUUACCAGACGUGUUCACUAUGCAAUGGUUUCUCACGUUGUACGCAACGUGGUUGCCUCGAGAGUCCUUGCUAAGGAUCUGGGACUUAAUUUUACUUGACGGUAACGAGAUCCUGUUACUCACCGCGUUAGCCAUCUGGGAUAUGCUCGAAGACCGCAUUCUCUCAGCGAGGUCCGCGGAUGAGUUCUACAGUUGUAUGGGUGGUGGUGUCGGCGCUGUAUGGGAAGCAGGCGAAGCGUUAGUUGCUAGAGUAGUCGCUUUUAACUCUGUGCCGGAACUACCGCGUCUCCGCAGCUUACACAGAUAUAGAGUAACGCCACCAGCUCCUCCAAAUGCCCCUUCAGUACAUCCUCCUUUGCAAUCAGCGAUGCAAUCAAUGACGAAGCGGGGCUUACGACUCUUCUAUUCUGAAGAUGAAGGAGAUUCCAGUGAUGAUGGAAAUAAAAUGGCUUUAGCUACGGUUAUACCUAGACGAGAAGAUCGUUCAGGAGCUGGUGAUAGAUUGUCUUUAGAUAUUGGGGCACUAAAAAGACAAUACGCUCGAUUGCGAGAACGUCAACGUCAAGCACAUGUCAUCUUAGCAGCAGCAUGUGCGCGACAUGCAGCAGUUGGUGUACCUACUUCUCCAACCUCACUUACAGUAAACAAUUUACUAUUGGGGAAGAGCGCCAUUGUUAGUUCUAGAGGACGGAGACUUGGACCCCCACCGGGCGCAGUACCACCAUCACGACAAACAACUCCAACAAUUCAAGACAAAUCAGAACAGCGUAUUUGUAAAGAUGUAAAUGAUACUAUCAGUUGGGAAGAAGAGAAAAGUCGGAAAUAUCAAAAUAGAAGAAAUUCGGUAAAAUGGAAAGAUAUAAAAAAAGAAAAAGCUCUUGAUAUUGCGCGAAAAGCUUCGAUUGAUUUAGAUGAAACGGGAGACGGUAUCAUUGUGUCAGAAUUAGAAGCCAAUGCAAUGAUAGCCUCUAUGCGAUCUCGCAGCUCUAGUGAGACCUCGUCCUAUUCUUCGCGUUCGGAAUCUAGUACUGAUACUAGUUUGUGCGAUGAAAACGAAAAGGCGAGUGAUUCAGACCAUGAUUUAUCUACUGAUGACAAAGUUAAAAAUACAAAAAAUGUACUACCAAAAUCUACCACGUAUAAAGAUAUACCACAUACCAUACCACAAAGUAUAAAGAAAGUAAAUAAGGAUUCUUCCUUCGAGAAACUGCUGUCUCCUAAUAAAAGAAAAAAAUUAAAGGAAAAAGUAGAUAUUUCUGAAUAUCUCGAUUCGGCUGCUGGUGAAUCAUUACGUGUUUAUAUUGACGGUUUUGAGAUGAAAUUAAAAGAACGUGAAGAUAGCAGUAAUGACAAAAAGGUGUUCAGUGCUGCAAGUCCUCAAAAAGACAUUGCCCAUUCUAAAUUACAAUUUGAUAAAAAAUAUACCUUUCUUUCAUCUGAAACCGAAGAUAUCAAAAAUCAAAUAAAUUCCAAAAACUCAAUUCCUUCCAAAUUGGCAAGUUACAAAUCAAUCAAAACAUCACCUUGUCAUUGCGUUUUAGAUUUUGAACCAUUAUAUAAGGAUGUAGCCGUAAGACGAUCAUCGACGUCGAAUCUGGAUAAAACUAUAAGGCCUCUUGAUAUCAUUGACACAAUGACAAUGAAUCCUAAUUUUGUUCCUGAUAUUGAUCUAUCUGAAAGAUAUGAAAGUCCAUUAAGAAGUCCUGGUUCAGAUAGUGUAAUUAUUAGUGAAGAUGAACCUCCUAUUCCUCUGAAAAUCGAUAAAUAUUUUGAGCAUAGCCCAGAAUUUUUUGGAGCAAGAUUAUCAGAUCCUAAUAAUUUAGAAAUUCCAAGUCGACGUGCUACAAAAAGAAAUUCAAGAUUACCAAAAAAACCAGAUUCAUUAACACUUCAAAGCAAUAAUAAUGAGAGGAGUUUAAAAAAUGAAGUGGAACGUGCAUCCUCAUUACCGCAAAGUCAUAGUUUUAUAUGUAUAAAAUCUGAAAGUCCAGAUGUAAGGGAAAAGAAAAACGACGUAAAUUUUCACGACUCUAAAGAUAAUAAAUACAUAAAUACACAAAAUAAUAUUAAAAAAAAAUCAGAGCAUACAGAAAAUAUAAGUAUAGAAGAAUCACCAGGAAAAGAUAUUUCCACUUGUAAAGAUUACAUGUUACGAUCAGGUCGUAAAAACAGUGAAAGAGCACUACAGAUAAUUCAAGAAAACUCUCAAAUACUAAGUCGAAUUUUAACAAAGCAGAAUGUUGCAUUGUCUAAUAAUAACCAACAAGGGAAGAAAAAUUUACCAGAAAAUAUAUCUUCAGAUAAAAGGUAUAUAGUUGACAUGACUCCUCCGAAAAUUUCAGAAACAAAAUUACUUAAUUCUCCUUUACUUAAAGAAUCAACAUCAGAUUCACUAAUUGGUAAUAUAAAGAGAGUAACGAAAGAUGUAACAACGGAUAAAAGUGAUAUUUUGAAGGCCAGACCAAUUUCCAUCGAUGAUCCGUUUUCUUUUGAAGCUCGUAACUCUUCGAUGGGAAGUGAGGAAUUUUCUUUUAAAAAUAUUAAAACACCGAGUAUUGAAUGUCUGGGUAAUAAAACAGAUUUGUAUGGAUGGGAAAAUAAGGGAUUUUUAGCGAAAUGCGAUUAUAUAAGCAGCUCAAAAGUUCGAUCUGAAAAUCUAUGUGAUGAGAUGAAAAACAAAAGUACUGAUACUUCCAUAACAAACGAAAAACAAUCUAAAAAUAGAAGACCAACAUCAGAUGAAUGGUCACGAUAUUCAAUUUCAAGCGAGUCCAAGGUAUCCGUCACGUUGCCUUCUUCAGAAUUAAAAGAUAGUUCCACAUAUGAGCGGCGAUUUACUUCUGAUGAUUUUAAUUAUCCACUUUCAAACUCCACAAAAUACAAUGAAUCAAUGUUAACAAAAGCGAAUGAUGUAUGUAAUAGAGCCAUGGAUCAAAGUCCAAAACUAUACGAAAAUUUGGUUAAAACAGAAAAUAGUUCCUACAGUGACUUUUCCCAUAGAGUGACGUCGUCUAUUAGUUUUACUUGUGAACCUACUCUAGACGAUGAUUCUCCAAUGGGUGCAAAAAGUAAUUCUAGUGAUACGUUAUGCCAAAUCACAUCAUUAGAUCAAAUUUCAACACCAAUGUCACCAAAAAUGUUUCCAAAUCGAGAAACGCCGACAUUACCAAGAGACUCUAUGGACAUUAGUGAUAAAACGAAGAUUGACUCUGAUGAUACUUGCAGUGCAAUCACGUCUCUUUUAGAAACAGAUACAUUAUCUUCUUUGUCGUAUCCGAGGAGUCCAUCUACAGGUUCCUACCAUCCAUUUCCUACAAGACCAGCGAUGCGAUUGCCUAAAGAUCUCGGAGUACGAUUAGGUAUGUACCCUAAAGAAACGAUUAAUUCUCCACAGAAG